UUCUUCGCGCCGGAGGGAUGGGUCUCCUCCAGACACCGCCGUACCGCCGCCCGUGUCUUCAGCAAGAUCGACGAGCCUCGGCGCGGCCACGAGCAUGACGUCAAGCGCUUGUCUGGGCCAAUCAGAGACGCGCCUGUGGAAGGAUGUGCCCAGUCUCGCUUCGCGGAGCUCUUUCUCGUCCGACGGAACGGUACCGGGGAUCGGCAUCAGCGGUCGACAAUUGAGCGCGGAUGAAGGCAAUGCUCCUGUGACAUACUAGCGAGAUCGAUUCGGGCGAAUGUGAGGUGUACGGAAGCCAGCAGUUGCAGCAUCGGCGGCUAUCGAGGUACCUCUGCCCAAAAUUUGCCGGCAGGACUGUCUUGUAGUCUGACGAGGCCGAAAAACUAUACGUUUCCAUACCAUGGCAGGACUGCCUUGUGGUCUGACCAGGCCGAAACAGUUAUUCGUUUCCAAUGAAAUAUGUUUUACGUUUCCAUUGUAUAUCACAAUGCUGCGACUACGAACCGUUUCCGAAAGUGAAGGUGGAUCUUGUGUGGUCUUUCCUCACGUGAAGUUGGUGAAGUGCAGACAGCAGUGCCUACACGGUCGAAGGAAAGCGCCUAUUUUGUUUUGCAAGGCUCAAGGUCGUUUUUCUUGUCUCCACGAUUGAACGCAGACCAUAUCUACCCUACGAUACGGUGUUGUAGUGUAAUGUCGGCGGCCGAGCCCGGUUUCUUACGCCAUUUUAUCGUUUCUACAAUAACGUGAGCAUCGAUUCCUUCGGGGGGUGUUUCUUAUGAGCAGAGGCGACGUUCUGUUAGUGUUGGGAAAGGGCUGAGGAGCGGCGAGUAUUUUGGUGUUAGAAGUUGAGCGAGUGUUCUCCAACAGCAGCAGUGUAAGGAUACUGCCCAAUGUUUUAACUAAAGUUCCACCCAGACAUGACAUGUGUCGUCCGUUGCCCUGAGGUCCAUGUGUAUCAUUGCUCCCGAGAGUUUUGAGUGCUUCGCGGGUAUCGGGAAAACCUGGCGGACAUUAUCGACUGGCCGCGUAAAUUGUUUAUCUACUGUGUGUGCCGGGGACGAAUGCAAUGAAGGCGGCAGGAAUAAGUCAUACGUCCCCCUUUCGUGGGUUCAUCGCCAAUCCAUUUCGCCCUUUCACGAUGUGACGUUGUUAUUUGUUCAUUGCUGGGACUUGCAUGCGUGCCUGAAACGGGGCUCGCUUCCCUUUGAUGUGUCUGCGUACGGGGGGGGGGAAGCCUGGCCGGCGAGAAUCUAUUAUAAUAGGAGCAGCAUGGAUUGUCCCGACACACUAUGGGGGAGGGGAUAGCGAUAGUCUUCUUGUCUGUCCGUGUGGACGUGGAGCUUUGCAGGUAUCACCACUGUCGUGAUCUUAGCCCUAAGGGUACACGUUAAAAAAUCAAGACAGGUAUCGAAAAUCGGAGUCCGUGGAGUGUGUGUGUGUGGUUUGGGGGGGGGGGGUACUCACAGUCGU